UUCUCCCCCCCUCCAUCAUUAUCAUCAUCAUCGCCUUCUGGAUGCCUUCCUCCAAGAUGCCCGGCUGGGUGAUCCUGCCCAUCACUCUGCCAGCCUUCACCAUCACCGGCAUGUGGAUAGUGUAUGCCAUGGCAUUAUCAAACAACCAUAUAUGCCCAGUCACUAACUGGGUUUACAAUCACACCUGUGACUCUCUGGAUGAUGGGACAUGCUGUACUUUUGAUCACAUCCCACUUGUAAGCAAAUGUGGAAACCUGCCGCCAGAGAGCUGCUUCUUUAGUCUCAUAUGCAGUCUAGGCUCAUUCAUGGUGAUGGUCAUUGGAUUGCUGAGAUAUGCCUUUGUCAUUGAACGAUAUGGUCCCUCCCUGUUAAACACUGUAGCUUUUGUGUUGGGUUGGAUUUGUGCUGCUGGACUCACCAUGGUUGGUAGUUUUCAGGUGGAUCAUGCCAAAGUUCUGCACUACAUAGGAGCCGGGGUUGCCUUCCCAACCAGUAUGCUGUUCAUUUUCUUUCAAUCUAUCCUGACAUACCGCAUGGCACACACUUACUGGAACUGGUGGGCUGGACAUGUACGCUGUCUUCUUACGUUGUUUGGGCUGGUCAUUUUAGUGCUCAGUGGUGUCUUCUUCAUCCAGGAAGGCUUUGUGCUGCAACACUUGGCUGCUCUCUUUGAGUGGACCUUUAUAAUAAAUGUUCUUGUCUACUAUGGAACGUUUUCCUUUGAAUUUGGGGCAAUCACCACGGACACAUUCCUGGUGCUCCUCAAAGCAAGCAGGGCCCCAAAGAGUUAUAAGUCAGGAACCAGCACUCCAGCCACACCUCAUGCUCACAGCACCUCUGAGAACUUGGCUAUGAUAUGACUGUACCAGAGUGCUAACACAGACAUCACAUGCGAAUCCCUGAGCCGCUUUACGAUUCUAAACAACAUGAAAACGUUUCACUGUGCAAUGCAGGCUCAAUAUAAUAGAGGGCUGAUCACGUGACCAAAAAAACUUCUUUUUUUUAAAGAUUAAGAAGAAAAAAGUUGAUUACUUUUUAUGUUGACUGUUAUGAUGUUGGUAAAAAAAAGUCUAAGAUACAUUAUAUGUACAGGGCAUUAAUGAAUUAGCCAUAAAAUUGUAUAUUUUUAUAUAGUGCAUUUCUAUAGUAAAGUCACUACAAAGUAUAACUAAGAGGCCAAAGUAAUUUAGUGUUAAAUACACAAUAUGCUUGUGACAGUAUAUCAAAACUAUUAAAUAAGUGGUGCAU